AUCGCUUAGAUUAUUUUGUGUCGUCAUAUGUGGUGUCGAAGAGAAACUAGCAGAGGGUGUAAUAAGUCUAGAUCGAAUCUUGCCUACCAUUUUGAUUUCAUGCUUCCAUGAAAACAGAUGGUCUAUGUAUGACAGCACCAAGUAUCCCGAGAACCCAAAACUUAGUCCUCUCAAUAUCACGUCAGUUUCUAUAGAGUCUUUGCGAUUGAAUCACACCCGAGCAGUGAAAAGAAAAAUCCCCUACAUUCACCGAACAGCAGCAGCGACGCGAUGAUUCACAAGUGUGCCCAUAACGAGCCAAUUACAUAGCCAUCCCUCAGAAUGGUCAUCCAUUCUGAGUCGUCCAAGUCAAGAAUGAAGCAGCGUGCAAUUGUUCCAGCCGUUGGCGUACUUUUGUUGGUCCAACUGGCGUCCGGCAUCCAGUGUGGUGCAAGGCAGCACAAAACGCGUUCACUCAUAACUAACGCCUUCGAAGUUCAACCUGGAGAUUAUCCUUGGCAUGUGGCAAUAUAUCAGCUAUCGCCUGACAAGGAGUACAUUUGUGGAGCUACACUGAUCGGUCGGGACGUUAUCAUAACCUCAGCCCACUGCACCGCAGCGCCUGGUUUGAGGACAGCAAGACCCGUUGAGGAUCUUGCGGUGCAGAUUGGUAAACAUCAGUUAACCGUACGAAACGACCACGAACAGGAAGUUGGUUUAAGCUCGAUAAUUGUACAUCCAGGAUUCAGACGAGAGCGACAUGGCCACGACCUGGCACUACUGAUAACAGUGAAGCCGAUCCUCUUCGGGAAAUUCGUUCAGCCAGCCUGUCUACCCACGCUAGGGAUGUACAGUAAAGAAACAAUUGGUACAAUUGUUGGUUGGGGUUUCACCGAACGGAACACAAUUUCGAACGUUUUGAGAGCAGCAGCCGCUCCCAUUGUUUCGAAGGAUAAAUGUAAGCUCAGUAAUCCGGACGUUUUUAUGGGGAGUCUCGCCGGUGGAAUGUUCUGUGCUGGACAUCGAAACGGCACCAAUGCUUGCAAUGGUGACAGUGGCGGAGGACUGUUCACAAACGUGAGAGGUAGAUGGUAUCUGCUGGGUGUCAUCUCCUUCACCGCGGCCAAAAGCAACGAUGAGAAUUACUGCAGCUCAACCGAUUAUACAGUUUUUGUAAAUGUCGGCAAAUAUAUGAAAUGGAUUGAAGAAAAUUCAGAUUCCAGUUCCGGAACGUCUUGCACGGGGCCCCAUCACUCUGGAAAACUGAGGAAACAAUAUUACGUACAUAACAGCCGAGAAGUUACUUUCUUUGAGGCAUGGCGACUUUGCCUUAGCGCUGGUCAUAAAUUGGCCACCAUUACCUCGGAAGAGGACAGUCGCUUGUUGGAGUACGCAAUUGGGAAUUCGAGCCAGGCUAAAGGACCAUGGUUCAUCGGUGGAACCGACUUGGGUAACGAGGGUCAAUUUGUUUGGAUUUCCACUGGGCAACCGAUCGGAUAUCUAACCGGGUAUCUUAAUUUUUCUCCGGAUCAACCUAACAAUGCAAUCGGAGGUGAGCACUGUCUCGAGGUUGGCCGUUGGGGCAAUGUGGCUUGGAACGAUAUAUAUUGCGAUUGGAAACAGCGAUAUAUUUGUGAAUUCGAAAGUGCAGAAUGAAUAGUAUGGUUAUAUAUAUUAUGUAACAAAAUACGUGCCGGAGUAAA